AUGGAUGACCAGCAUGGUUCAUGUUCAGCAUCCAGAUCACGCAUAGAUCGAUUUACCGAUCUCCAGCUCAGCAGAUUCAGUGCAACUACAUCGAAGCCUGGUCCAUUCUGCCGAAAGAGUUUCAAGGAGAUUAAAACGUCAUUGAAGGUGAGACUACAAUCACUUCGGCGUGACUUUGAAAUAUUGAUGAUGAAAAGUGGUGAAUCUAUUGCUAGUUUUCUGUCAAGAGCAAUGACAAUUGUCAGUCAAAUGAGAUCAUAUGGAAAGAAGGUCACUGAUCAGAUUAUUGUUGAAAAGGUAUUGAGAAGCUUGAAUCCAAAAUUUGAUCACGUAGUUGCGGCUAUCGAAGAAUCUAAGGAUCUAUCAGUUUUUUUCUUUGAUAAACUGAUGGGAUCUCUUCAAUCUCAUGAGGCAAGAAUCAAUCGUUCAGUUGAGAAGAACGAAGAAAAGGCAUUUCAAGGAAGAGGAGAAUUUCGCGGUGGUCGAGGCCGUGGUUAUGGAAGAGGCAGAGGAAGAAAUAUUGGGCAUAUGUCAUCACUGCCAUCGCUAUGCGCAUAUAAAGGCUGA